AUGCCGGCCUGGAAUCCGCGCGUGAGGGAGCAGCUAGAUGGGUUCGUGGGCAGCGGCAACGCGUGCGCGCGGGGCAGUGGUGAUGUGGGCCGAGCAGCUGGUGGCUGCGGCUUGAUCUAUUGUCUUAGUGGUCGAUCUACACUCCCUAAAACUUUCGCUGUCAAAUCUUUCCUAUUUCGACCGGAAUCAACAAAUUUCUGGCCGUAUUUCCGCUUCCGCGACGAACAAUUUCAAGGUGUUCUUGGUACACCGGCACUGCCGGCCGGUCCCUUGCGGCACUGCCGCCGCCCAUCCUCCGCAGCCAGCAUCCACCUCCGCCUGCUGCAGUCACCUGUUCCCCGGCCAAGCACCACAUCCGCCCGCUGCAGCCUACCAAGCGUCACUCAACCACCUCGCCAGCAUCCCCACCCGCCGCUGCCCAGACCACCUGUUCCCGGCCACCGCCGGCACCAACAGCCGCUGCCCCGCGUCGCUCAACCACCAAGCGCCCACGCACAGGCCGCCACCUCCCGCCCAUCUGCCGCGUCGCUCUGCUCGCUGCCCCCACAUCCGCCCAGCGGGCGCCCCACUCUGCUCACCGCGCGCCACCAAGCCGCGUCCAACCUCUGCUCCACCUCGAGGCGCAUGCCCGCAAACCUCCUGGCCGUGCGCCCCUGCUCUCGCAUCAGUAGCUCAAGCCGCCGCGCCGCUCCUCACCUGCCACUAGACCCAGCCACGCCCGCCCUGCCACCCACCCAGCUCGCGUUCACUCCUGGCUGA